AUGGCAAAGAUGAGACAAGUUUUAAAUAUUUACAAUAACCGUAAACAAAAAGGUUUGGGAAACCACUCCCCCGAAGAAAUGAAAAACAACCCUGACUUAGAGAAAGACUAUAUAUUUAAUAAUUUAGUCAAAAGAGACAAACAAGAAAGAAUGCCGGGCUUCAAACUUCAGAAAGGUGACAAAGUAAAAAUAGAAAUACCUAAACGCGACCCAUAUGAAAAUACUAUUGACUAUGACAACAAUGGGAACCCGACAGGUACUCACAUUCGUGUUCGUAAAAAUAGAAGAAAGUAUACAAGAGAAUAUUAUGAAGUUUUAGGCAAACAUGGCAAAAUGUACACACUGCAAGCAGAAGAUAAAACUACUAUUGUCAGACCUCGUUUCAAACUUGUCAAAGUUCAAGGUGGUAUACUUUCAAAGACAGUUCCUAACAAAUAUAAGACAACUCCUGACGAAUAUGCUAAAGAAGUUGAAAAUGACGACUAA